GAAAAUAUGACAACUUUGACCAGACAAGACCUUAAUUUUGGACAAGUUGUAGCUGACAUCCUGUGUGAGUUCCUGGAAGUUGCUAUUCAUCUCAUCCUGUAUGUCCGUGAAGUUUAUCCCUCCGGCAUAUUUCAGAAGAGAAAGAAGUACAAUGUUCCUGUACAGAUGUCAUGUCACCCAGAGCUGAACCGGUACAUCCAAGAUACUCUUCACUGUGUAAAGCCACUUAUUGAGAAGAAUGAUGCAGAGAAAGUGGUUGUGGUCAUCAUGGACAAAGAGCAUCAUCCAGUAGAGAGAUUUGUGUUUGAGAUUUCCCAGCCUCCAUUGCUAUCUAUCAGCUCUGACACACUGCUGUCACAUAUUGGACAGCUGCUGAGGGCGUUCAUCCUGAAGAUCAGUGUGUGUGACGCUGUUCUGAAUAAUAACCCAGCAGGAUGUUCAUUUACAGUGUUGGUACACACCAGGGAGGCUGCACACACGCAACAUGAAAAAGUUCAAGUAUCAAGGUGUGGUUUUAGAACACUUGAGGAUUUUCCGUGGAUUGUUGCAGAUGAGCAAGAGGUCCAUAUGCAGGAGCCUCGAUUGAUCCCACUGAAGACUAUGACUUCUGACAUCGUAAAAAUGCAGCUCUAUGUGGAAGAGAGGGCCCAGAAAACAUAG